AUGGGAGUUGAAUGCUGGAGAAACCCUCUGCUGCUGUUGGCUGCCCUGGUCCUGGCAGUCAAUUCAGGUCACUUGCAAAGGUGGGGAGGCUUCCAGGAGAAUUCCACGAGCAAGAAAAAUAUCAAUUCAACGCUCAAUUUUUUCAUUGAAAACUACAACAAUGUGAGCAAUGACACCUACUUAUUUCGAAUAGACAAGCUACUUCAAAGUUAUACACAGCUGACCACAGGAGUGGAGUAUCUGGUCACCGUAAAGAUUAGCCGCACGAAGUGCAAGAAGAACGGCACAAAAAGUGAUUCGUGCCCCCGUCAGAGGGAGGAGAACUUGAAAAAGAGUUUCAUUUGUGAAUUUUUGAUGUACACUCUGCCCUGGAUGAACCAUUACCAGCUUUGGAACAGCUCCUGUCUGGAGGCCUAA